AUGGUUCUUGAAAUGAAAGGGUUCCUCCUCAUAUUGUUUUGCGUACUCUACGUCGGAUCUGAAAACGUGAAUCUUGAAAUAUUCGACGUAUUGUCGGUCGUACACGAUGGCACAUUACCUGAAGGAGUCGCGCCAGUACCUGGCCGCUGCCAGUCGCCUGGGACUUCGGUUACAGAAUAUACAGCCUUCUCCCUCAAUGAGAACGCGACGCUUCACCAACUUGCUGCUGGAAUGUUCUAUAACACCUUCCCUGAAGACUUCUCAAUAUUAGCAGUGUUACGUCUAUAUGGCAAAGAACAAAAUCCUCUCUUCGUUUUGUAUUCGGACGCUGGCGACGAACAACUGCAACUGGUUGUUGGUGAGCUGAUCGAAUUGUACUACGAAGACACGAGAGGGGAACCUGGGGACAAUGAGCUACUCACAUAUCGAGUUAACAUAGCAGAUGAAAAGUGGCAUAGAGUGGCAAUUAGCAUAAAAGGUGACUCCGUUACUCUGCUAGUUGACUGUGAGAUUCGAGGCACUCUUCCACUGCGGAGGCAUCCUGGCAGCACAUUCAAUUUAGCUGGAGUACUAGUCGUUGGUACUCAGUUUACUCCAGACCAGAAUUUUGAGGGCGAUAUUGAAUUGCUCCAGUUCGCUAAUCAACCGGACCUUGCGUAUGAUAUGUGUAUUUCAAUAGCACCAGAUUGCGGAGCGUUUGGCAAAUACGACUAUGGUACAUUGACUUCCGGGAAUAAUGAAUUUGAUAAAGAAUCUGAUUUUGACACUCGUCGUGACGUCAUACAACCAGCAGUUGGAAACGAAAGAUACAAUCAAUUUGAACAAAGCUAUUUUGAUGACAGGAACCAAUCUAAUAACGUAUGGGCAACUGCUAGCCGAGACUUAACAACUGCUGGACCAUAUUGGCAAGUGCCUGAUUCUUAUGAUUAUACACCACCAUACUCAGUCUCUACUGACGCCGAUGAAAACAGCAUUUUCGGAAGAUUUACUGACUUUGACGAGUAUGCACCUACACCCUCUAGUAUUGAAGUCAGUUCAACCGGAUCUUUUGGUAUAGCCAGUGCUACAACAAAACGAGAUAUGGGCAAUUCGGAAGCCUCGACACUGUUCACAACAGAAUCAUCCUACGUGCCGAUAACGACAACCGAAGACAUUGACUGGCUCACACAUCCGCCUGAGGCAAAUAUAUCAUCGGGGCCCGACACUUCAGACCCUUAUUACGAUUAUGGAAGCGCGGGGACUUACAUGGGCCCUCGUGGGUAUCCUGGGCCCCCAGGUCCACCAGGGCCCAGAGGACCUAAAGGUGAACAGGGUAAACCUGGUGCAGAAGGUCAACAAGGAUUUCCUGGAGCUCCAGGAAAUGUUUUUGUAGUACCAUUACAACAACCAGGAAAUGAAAAGGGACCUGAUACUCAAGCGGAAGCAUUACGUCAAAUACUUACUCAGCAUAUGUCUGCUAUGCAAGGCGCUCAAGGUCCUAUGGGUCUUAGUGGUCCAUCUGGCCCAGAGGGUGAAACUGGACCAGAAGGACCAAAAGGGGAACAAGGAGAUCAAGGAGAACCAGGACCACCAGGUCCAAGAGGAUUACAAGGACCACCAGGGCGACUGGGUCGAAGAGGCCACGCAGGUAGAGAUGGGGAAAGAGGAUUUCCUGGACCUGCUGGCCAAAAAGGAGAUCAGGGCUAUCCUGGAUUAAUAGGUAUACCUGGAGAUAAAGGAGAAAGAGGAAACCCAGGACAGCAAGGUGAUUUGGGCGCCCCAGGAGCAGAUGGACCUCCGGGUGAUGACGGACCACCCGGACCACCUGGUUUAUCUGGAGAACUGGGACCAAGAGGUUUUACGGGUCCCAGAGGAUUUCCUGGGUUAAUCGGAUAUCCGGGAAUACCAGGUAAUGAGGGACCACAGGGAGCCAAAGGAGCCGCAGGACAACCAGGUGCAAAUGGUGCACCAGGACAACCUGGACCGAUGGGACCAGCCGGUUCACCUGGACCACAAGGAUCCAUUGGUGCUCCAGGAAUUCAAGGUUUACAAGGUAAACCUGGAAUAUCGGGCCUACCGGGUCCUGAAGGUUCACCAGGAACUCCAGGGACACCAGGACAACAAGGAUCACCUGGUGAAGUUGGAGCCCCAGGUCCACAGGGAAUGCUGGGAUUUCCAGGACCUCGAGGAUUAAAAGGCGACGAUGGCCCGAGAGGUCUUCCUGGCGAUAAAGGAGAUAAGGGAAUCCGAGGUCUUGAAGGAGAAAAAGGUGAAUUGGGACCAAAAGGCGAACGUGGAUUACAAGGUGAACCAGGGCCACCAGGCAUAGAAGGCCCAGAAGGACAAAAGGGUACAGAAGGUCCUCGAGGGGAGACGGGAUCUAUUGGGCCUUCAGGUGAGAAGGGUGCAACGGGACUUCAAGGUCCUGCUGGAUACCCCGGAACUCAAGGAGAGAAAGGAGAUAAAGGUGCUUCUGGAAGACGUGGUAGAAGAGGGACAAAAGGAGUUAUGGGUUUUGUUGGAAUACCUGGAGAUCGUGGAGAAAGCGGGCCAAGGGGUUACCGUGGUCCACGAGGUCGUAGAGGUUCAGAUGGUCCACCAGGCCCUAAAGGUGACACAGGACAGCCUGGUCCUCCUGGUCCUAGUGGUGAACGUGGUCCUCAAGGCUUAGAGGGGCCCAGAGGAUUUCCUGGAAAUAUGGGACCACCUGGUACAGAUGGCAAGCCAGGAUUACCUGGAACUCCGGGAGAAAGAGGGCCUGUGGGGGAGGUUGGAUCGCCCGGCCCAUCUGGGCCACCUGGUUUAACUGGGCCACAGGGACAAAAUGGUGAUCCUGGUCCUCCUGGAGUUCCAGGGUCACCUGGUAUAGCAGGAAUACCAGGAGAAAUUGGCCCCCCCGGUGAAAUGGGUAAAGAUGGACCUCCUGGUCCACCAGGUCCAGAGGGUAAACUUGGACCAAUUGGGCCACCUGGUUCUCCUGGGCCGAACGGUGAACCGGGAUUACCAGGAGUGCCUGGUACACCAGGGCUUAAAGGUGAUCUCGGUCCGCCUGGACCCCCUGGUGUAAGAGGUGAUAAAGGAGAGCAAGGAGAAGCUGGACGCGAGGGACUGCAAGGUCCAAUGGGACGUGAAGGACCACGAGGAUCUCCUGGUCCAGGAGGACAAAAAGGAGAAGUUGGUGAACCAGGUCCCAUAGGUCCUGUCGGUCGCGAUGGUCUUCCUGGACCCAGGGGGUUGACAGGUUCCCCAGGUCCCGUGGGUCCACCAGGAGAAGAUGGUGAUAAGGGAGAUAUUGGGCCACCUGGAGAAAAGGGCUUUAAAGGUGCCAUGGGAGAACAGGGUCCUAUUGGCUCACCAGGUAUACAAGGUUUGAGAGGAGAACCAGGUCCUGUUGGGUUACCAGGAGAUAAAGGUCCACAAGGUGAUCCUGGACCACCUGGAAUACCAGGAACUGAUGGAGUUCGAGGACCGACAGGACUACCUGGAAAAACUGGUGCCGAUGGACCUAAAGGAGAUCAAGGAGUGAAAGGAGAUAGAGGAGAUAAUGGACCAAUAGGCCCGCCUGGUCCUGGUGGUCUAACUGGACCACCUGGUCGUCGAGGUGCAAAAGGAAAUCAGGGCGAACAAGGUCCAAGAGGUCCUGAAGGUGAGCAGGGAGAAAAAGGAAAUCCAGGAGCUCCUGGUCUACAAGGUCCUCAAGGAUCUGAAGGAAAAAUAGGACCAAGAGGGCCUGUUGGACCGAAAGGAGAAGAUGGUGCACCCGGAAUUCAAGGUGAACCAGGGCCAAUAGGUCCUCCUGGACCCGAAGGGUCCAAAGGAGAGCCCGGGCCACCUGGUUUUCCCGGAGACAGAGGCGAACCAGGCCCUCAAGGAAUAAAAGGUGAACCUGGUUCAGAUGGUCCAGAAGGUAGUUCUGGUCCACCAGGCCCACCCGGGCCUAUUGGACCGACAGGCAAACCUGGAGAAACUGGAGUUCCCGGUAGUCCUGGCGCAGAGGGUUCAGCUGGAUCUCAAGGCAGCCCUGGUCUACCAGGUGAGAAAGGAGACACAGGUCCUAAAGGCUCUUCAGGAGAAAUGGGGCCUGCUGGUGCUAUUGGGCCUCCUGGACCAGAAGGGCAAAGAGGAUUAAGAGGACUUCCUGGACCACCAGGAGACGUAGGAUCACCGGGCUUGAUAGGUCCACCCGGUCCACCCGGUACUUCUGGACCACCAGGUAUACAAGGGAUUAAGGGAGACAAAGGAAAUAUAGGACCAAAGGGACAUAAUGGAGAAACUGGACCAAUGGGAUUAAAAGGAGACCAAGGAGAAGUAGGGAAGCAAGGACCACAAGGACCUAUCGGGCCCGCGGGACCAAAAGGCGAUAUGGGACCUAUAGGACCUUCAGGUGCAAAAGGGGAAAUUGGCCCUCUCGGUGAAAUCGGACCUGAAGGUCCUCUCGGUCCUAAAGGUUCACCGGGACCUGAAGGUCGACCUGGCCUUCCCGGUCCACCAGGCCCUCCUGGUCCUCCAGGGCUUCCUGCACCUUCUCCACAAUUACCCGCUGAACUAUUCAUGUCCAGUAGAAAAAGAAGAAGUAUAGAGGAAGAUCCUAUCGAGAUAACAACUGAAGACAACAUUGAUGACGCUGAAGAAAUAGAAUGGGUUCAGGAAAUCAUGUCCGGGGUGGUAGCCGCACGAACUACUUUGGAAACCGUAAAAAAACCUUGGGGAACAAGAAUGAACCCUGCGCUCUCCUGUAAGGAUUUGCGGACUUCACACAAAAAUUUGACCGACGGUUACUAUUGGAUAGAUGCUCGAGGAGGUGGGCAUCCAAUCCACGUGUAUUGCAAAGAUUAUAACACUUGUAUUCACCCUGACUAUACGACCCUGGCACUUUAUACCGGUAUAUCUGGUCAAAAAUUCUCGCAAAUUGAAAAUGGUUUCAGGAUCUCGUAUGAAAAUGAAGGUUCUGGUACAAUACAGCUACGUUUUCUUCGAUUGCUUUCAAAUAGUGCGAGGCAAAACUUCACCUACACCUGUGUCAAUACCCAGGCACCACAAAGGUCAGACAUUCCUGCUGAACUAAUAAGAGCGAAUGAGGUAAAACUGUUUGGACAAAACAAUAUAGAGUUGAGAGAGCCAAGGGUGAUAAAAGACAACUGUAAGGAUGGAAUUGGAGAAAUCGUUUUGGAAGUGAAGACGUCUCGUAGCGAUCGACUGCCAAUCAGCGACUUUCAGCCGCUGUUCUUUAUUGAUGCAGAUCAUAAGUUUUCAUUCUCGCCGGGGCCGAUAUGUUUUAACUAAAGAAAUGUCUACAUUAUGUACUUAAGCUUUGAUCAUUGUAAAUAUUGUAAAUAAAUGUUGUGACGACUA